GUCUCUGGAAGUCUAGGUUCGCUUAUUAAGCAACCGAAGGCACUUGGACCUCAGGGAAGCGGAGCUAGUCCCUUUCUAGAGGCCUAGCUCUACAGACUUGGGAACCUUAGCUCCCCAUCAAAAAAUCGCAUCAGAUAUCCAAACAACCUCCAGCGAACAAAAAAGUCCCAUCUAACAAAUAGCCGUUUUACGACAAGAAAGGGUUUCUGCGAACGAAUCUCUACAAAGCGCGCAUUCCCACGCGAAGCCCCUACAGCCGCGGUCGCGAUCCUCACAUCUCUUCUCACCACUCGCCACUCAAAAUAUGGCCAACUAUCUCGCGUCCAUCUUCGGAACAGAGGCCGACAAAGUCAACUGCUCCUUUUACUACAAAAUCGGUGCCUGUCGCCAUGGCGAUCGCUGCUCAAGAAAGCACGUCAAGCCCUCAUAUUCGCAAACUAUCCUCCUCCCCAACCUCUACCAGAACCCCGCGUACGACCCAAAGAACAAGAUGAACGCCAGCCAGCUGCAGAACCACUUUGACGCAUUCUACGAGGAUUUCUGGUGCGAGAUGUGUAAAUUUGGGGAGAUUGAAGAGGUGGUAGUUUGUGAUAACAAUAAUGACCGUAUGUCUUUCCCCCUUUGGUUACCCAACAAUCAUGCAAAAAUACUAACACUGGGAUUCUCUAGAUCUUAUUGGAAAUGUUUAUGCGCGAUUCAAGUACGAGGACUCCGCUCAAAAGGCAUGCGAUGCGCUCAAUAGCCGGUGGUACGCCGCGCGCCCUAUCUACUGCGAACUUUCGCCCGUUACAGAUUUUCGAGAAGCCUGCUGUAGGUUGAACAGCGGAGAGGGAUGUGUUCGAGGGGGCUUCUGUAAUUUCAUCCACAGGAAGAAUCCCAGUGCAGAGUUGGAUCGCGAGCUGGAGUUGAGCACGAAGAAGUGGUUGAAGAUGCGUGGUCGCGACGAGAGAAGUCAGAGCAGAAGUCCUAGCCCGGAGCCGACGAGAAAGAGAUAUGCUUAGAAAGGGAAUGGAAUGGAAGUAGAAUGCACGCGUGGACUAGAUUGGGAGAAGUGGGGAGAAGAAUUUGAGGCUACGAAAAUGCUUAUGGAUCCCGGCAGAAUUUGUGACAAUGUCUGGCGUCCAAGGAAUCUGCAUGAGGAACGAA